CUCUUUCCGCUCCAAACUGCUUUAGCGCUGGUGGCCAGAGCUCCGCCUGUUGCCUGGAUACAGGUGAAGGAUUGUAAACAAACAGCAGACCGCAAGCGAAGCCAAUUAAAUGGCGGCAUCAUUAGCAGACAGCAGAUUCAGGUAACAUGAGCUCAACAAUUCUCUCUGCUGCGAUAGAGAAAAAAAUUAGACGUCUCUGUCUGACUGACUUCCCCUGCGGAAACGGCCCCUGGAGACGGACCAAAAAUGGUUCUGAUGAAGCGAGAACAGAGUCACCAGAUGUCCUGCUGGACCUGCUGAGGUACCCUCGCUCUCCAUGGACGUACAAAGACACCUGGAGCCCCCAAGCUUCAGAGCUGAGAGAGCUGGCUGUGAGAGAACCGAAGCGCCUCAGCAAGGACUUCAUACUGAAUUACUUCACAACAAUACGAAUCACUGGCAAAAAUGUUUCGUCUGUUGACGAAGGCUUGUUGAAGUUCUCAAAGCUGGAGGAACUGGUCCUGAGCAGCAACUUGAUCUCAGAAAUCCCUGCGAAGCAUCUUCCCGGCACGUUGAAGAUUUUGGAGCUGCGUGCAAAUCGGUUGUCUUCGCUGAGCGGCCUUGCAAGCUGCCCGCCUCCUCAGCUGCAGUACCUGGGCCUCGGAUCAAACAGCCUGGGUUCCCAUCAAGACAUCUGCGAUCUUACAGGAAGACACUGGCCCCGUCUGGCGUGUUUGGACCUCAGCAACUGUAACUUCCAAGAGCAGCAAUAUCUGGUAGCCGCCUUAGAAACUCUCCCAUGCCUCAAGACCCUGACACUUAAGGGCAACCCCUUCACCAUGACGCCGUCGUAUCCAGGUUUCACUGUGGACAGCCUCCCGCAGCUCAGCUGCUUGGACUCCUCGUGGGUCACCACAGAGGACAGGUAUAACUUCUUCGGCUUGGCCAGGAUAAAUGAUCUGGUGGAGGACGUGGCAUCAGUCACACUGAGUCUGACCAGGCUGAGGGGAAUACCAGACCCGCUGAUGCAUGUGGAUAAGAAGGCUGCUGAGUUUCCAAUCGUCACCUACAAAUACUUCAUCUCAUACCGGUUCUGUAGUCGUCAUACGCCUGAUCAUCAGGGAGAAGACGGCAAACUGGACACGUCGCCUCACGUGACAGAGGACAACUCUGUCCGUCCAGACCCAGGAUCAGAUGGGAACACUGGGAAAAACGUGUCCGUCCUGGACACUGCCGUCCCCGCAGUCGAUGCUUAUGAAACUGAACUACUGUCGCUGUACGCGACACCAAAACUGUCGUGGUCCGAGUGCUUGGACUUGAAUUACACGCUGACGUACAGCAUCAGCUGCCUGGGAGACCUGAAGAAAUUCUUUACUCACGGACUCCAUCUCAAUCUGAUGGAGGAAAAGACUCUGUCGUGGCUCGCGCCCUCCGAAGAAGCCCAGCACGUCAAACCCAGCCCAACUAAGAAGAAAGACAAGAGCAAAGAGAAAAAUAAAACGCCUCCCAAAGCUAAAAACAAAAAGAAAAAAGGUCCUCCGGAGCUGGUCCACGACCCACCUAUCAGAAAACUACUCCACUCAGUUCACAUCCCCAUGCAAAGCCUGGUCCAGGGGGGUCAUAGGGUCAGUGCUGUCUGCGACUUUGGUCCGCUGCACAUGGAGCCUCCACCGAAACAGGAGGAGGAAACUGAAAAGAGAACGAAAGGAGACAAGAAGAAGGACAAGAAGACAAAGGACAACAAGGAAGCAAAGGAGAAACAAAAAAAACCCACCGAACAGCAGAAAAGUCCAAGAGGAAAGGGGAAAGACGCAAAGAAACGCGACAUGGAUGAACACACAGUCCCGCCCGUCCCGCUCCCGCCGGUACCGGUGACUGUGGAGCUGAGUGUGGAGCUGCAGAAGUGGAAGACGGUGUCUGAUGCUUUUCCUUCCGUAACACCUGUAGAAAACGGCUAAAUCGCAGAGCUGAGGUCGACACGAACGUAUUCAUGAAAAAAUAUGCCAUGAGAACUUUAUUUCAGUGGUAUGAAAUUAAAUGCACAGCUGACCAAAUUUA